AUGGCUACCAAUCAUCUCUCUCUCCUCCUCUUGCUCUAUCUCUUCUUGACUUCCACUUAUGUUCAACCCAAAUCCCUCCCCACUUCACCAUACCUCUCUCCCUCAACAGUAUUCUUCCCAGAUUAUCAAAAAAUGAUCGACAAUUUCAGAAUUUACAUGUACACCCCACCGAUUUCCUUUGCCUUCACCACACCAUCGGAGUCUCUGUUCUACACACAUCUCCUCAACAUCAGCAGCAACCCAUUCUUCACCCAAAACCCUAACGAAGCUAAUCUCUUCUUUAUCCCCUUCCCCCCCGACCUCUCACCCCGCAAGAUCUCUCGACUCGUGAGAGACCUCAGAGUUAACUCACCCUUCUGGAAUCGCUCACUCGGCGCCGAUCACUUCUACCUCUCUCGCGGCGGCAUCGGCUUCGCCUCGGACCGUAACAUCCUUGAGCUUAAGAAAAACGCCGUUCAGAUCUCCUGUUUCCCUGCUACUCCCGGUAACUUUAUACCUCACAAGGACAUAACCCUACCUCCCCUGACCACGUCAAACCACCCUCGCGAGCCUCUCAACAACAAAACUUCCAGCCCCACGUUUCUGGGUUUUACGAAGAAGUUAGGGCAGUCCAGUUUUAUCAAGGAAUUGGAGGGUGACCCUGAGUUUCUGAUAGUUGAUGUUGAUGAUGAUGCUAGUGAGUUUGAUUUGGGAGAGAUAAUUGCGAGUAGUAAGUUUUGUUUGUUCCUGUAUGGUACUGGUGGUGAUGUGUCCUGGCUGGGUGAGGCGUUGAGGCUUGGGUGUGUGCCGGUGCUGAUUUCUGACCGUCCGAUUCAGGACCUGCCGUUGAUGGACGUGUUGAAAUGGUCGGAGAUUGCGGUGUUUGUGGGGACAUCAGGAGGUGGGAUUGGGGAGCUGAAGGGGUUGUUGGGUGGAAUCGGGGGUGAACGGUACGACCGGAUGAGGGGUUUGGGUGUGACGGCGGCUCAGCAUUUCGUGUGGAAUGACUCGCCUCAGCCGUUCGAUGCGUUUCACAUGGUCAUGUAUCAGCUGUGGCUGAGACGCCAUGUCAUCAGAUAUGCCCGCAGGGAGGAGUGGGUUUAA